AGUGGUCUGGCCAUCUGCUCCUGCAGUCACAGCCGUGGACACCCUCCGGAAUGCCAUUCUACUCUGCCGCCCGCCAACCACAAACGAAUCCAGACAAGUGUCCACCAGUGGCUCCUGCCCAAGCCUCAAGUAGCCAGAGCCACGGAGCUGCCCACAGGAAAGGGCUCGCCAGAGGGAGUUUUCCAAGCACAUAGAGGACAAGAAUCGCAGCUCUUGUGGUCCUUCCGGGAGGUGGGAAGAAGUGGAAUUUAAGGGCCUACAUCACCUGGAGCCAUGGAGGUGUCAGGCCAGGCCCUUCGAGUGGCCACUUUGCUGUCGGGUCUGCUGGAAUGCUUGGGCUUUGCCGGUGUUCUCUUCGGCUGGACCUCGCUGGUGUUUGUCUUCAAAAGGGAGGGCUACUUUGAGGACGUGAAUAAAACCACUGCUAAGUCGUUGGACCCGGGCAAUGCCACGGAGCAGGCUGGCGAGGGGUUCGAAGCCCAGGACCAGAAGUUCUUGCUCAUCUUCAUGCUGGCCUCUUUCAUGAACAACUUCAUGACCUUCCCCGCUGGCUACGUCUUUGACCGGUUCAAGACCACCGUGGCCCGCCUCAUAGCCAUAUUUCUGUAUACCACCGCCACGCUCAUCAUAGCCUUCAUUUCUGCAGACUCGGCUAUGCUGCUGUUCCUGGCCAUGCCCAUGCUAACCGUGGGUGGGAUCCUGUUUCUGAUCACCAAUCUGCAGGUUGGGAACCUGUUUGGCAAACAUCGCUCGACCAUCAUCACUCUCUACAACGGGGCAUUUGACUCCUCCUCAGCUGUCUUCCUCAUCAUCAAGCUCCUGGACGAGAAAGGUGUCUCCCUCAGGGCCUCCUUCCUCUUCCUCUCCUUCUGCAGCAUCUGGCAUGUCGCACGCACGUUCCUCCUGAUGCCUAGGGGCCACAUCCCCUACCCACUGCCCCCCGGCUACCGCUAUGGCUUGGGCUCUGGAUGUGGCGCCAAGGAGAAGGAAAUAGUUGAGUCCAGGAAGACGGAGCAGCAGUCCAAGGAGCUUCUGUCCUUGAAGGAUGAGGACCCCGGGCUGGGCCAGCGGCAGGAGCCUCGCACCUUCUGGUACUAUGCCUUCUCUUGGCGUUUUGCCUGGCACCUGGUGUGGCUGUCGGUGAUACAGCUGUGGCACUACUUCUUCAUCGGCACGCUCAACUCCCUGCUGACCAAGCUGGCCGAUAAGGAUGGGAAGCUAGUCAGCACCUACACCAACGCCUUUGCCAUCACUCAGUUCUUUGGGGUGCUGUGUGCCCCCUGGAAUGGCCUGCUCAUGGACCGGCUCAAGCAGAAGUACCAGAAGGAAGCAAGGACAGGUUCCUCGGCCUCCGUGGUGGCCCUCUGCUCGACAGUGCCCUCGCUGGCCCUGACGGCCCUGCUAUGCCUGGCCUUUGCCCUCUGUGCCUCGGUCCCCCUCCUCCCCCUCCAGUACCUCACGUUCAUCCUGCAGGUGAUCAGCCGGUCCUUCCUCUAUGGGGGCAACGCAGCAUUCCUCACUCUCGCUUUUCCUUCUGAGCACUUUGGGAAGCUCUAUGGGCUGGUGAUGGCUUUGUCGGCCAUUGUGUCGCUCCUCCAGUUCCCCCUCUUCGCUCUCGUCAAAGGACCCCUUGGGGACGAUCCGCUUUAUGUGAACGUGACCCUGCUGUUGGUCACCCUGCUGACGUUCUUCCACCCCUUCCUGGUGUACCGGGAGUGCCGCGCUCGGAGAGAAGGCCCCUUUGCAGCCUCCUAGCCCAC